AUGCAGGAUUCCAGAGGGAUGCAGGAGUCCAGAGGGAUGCAGGAGUCCAGAGGGAUGCAGGAGUCCAGAGGGAUGCAGGAUUCCAGAGGGAUGCAGGAUUCCAGAGGGAUGCAGGAGUCCAGAGGGAUGCAGGAUUCCAGAGGGAUGCAGGAUUCCAGAGGGAUGCAGGAUUCCAGAGGGAUGCAGGAGUCCAGAGGGGGGCAGCAGCAUGAGCCGGGCCUGGCUCUGUCUCCAGACGGUCCAGGCUCCAGCCCUGAGCCGCCGUCUCUGUCGCACACGCCCGAGCUCAAUGGUACCACAGAAAUCCUGGCUUCAGAUCUGCUCAGGAAACUGGCAGAAAUGAACAGUGGGUCAGUGCGGGUCAAAGAGGAAGAAGAGCCAAUGGAGGUCGACUCUUUGGCUGCGUUUGACUUGAGCCAAAACCGACCAAUCACAGAGCAGCUGCCUCUUCUUCCACAGACGACGAUAAAACUGAUUAAAACUGAACAAAACGAGGCCAAGACACAAGUUUUACCACAAACUGGAGCCAAAAUGUCCGAGCGCUGCCUCUUCCACCUCAAUCACCUUUACAGCUCCACGCCAAAAAGGGAAAACACCUUCGAAAUUAAAGUAAAACAUGAAGAAGGCGGCGUCUCUGGAGCCAAAAUGGACGCUCUCGUGAAGUCAAACGUCUCUGAUCCACAUUUGAACGGAGCCAAGACGAGGAACGCUUUUCUGUCGGGCGUCGACCUGAGCCGCCACGUCGUCCCCGGGGUCAAAACCAACAGCCCGCUCCCCGUGAAGGCGGAGGACAUGCUGUUCAUCGGAGCCAAGAUGGAGGAGCAGUUCGGCGCAGGACCCAAAAUGGCCGACCAGUGUCUGCGAGCGGCGCUGUGGCAGGACAUGUCUGUGAACCUGGCCUCCACCCUCCUCCACCAGCUCUCAGAGCGGGUCAGUAAGUCCAGCGUGCCGAUGGUCAAGAGGACGCCGCCGCCGCCGCUCACAGCCAGUUCUCCGUUGGUGCUAAAAGUGGAACAAAGCUGCUCGGCCUCGUCUUUAACCCCCAGCCCGCCCCAGCCAGAAACGAGCCUCAGACGAGAUCAGACGACAGGUGGAGCGUACUUUUACAGGUGCCACGUGUGCGGGUUUGAGACCGAGGGGCGGAGCCUCUUCCACAGUCACAUGACCGAGCACCGCCAAUGGGAGCGCGCCCUGUUCUCCCUGCACUGCUGCGUGUGCGACCUCUCCACCAAUCAGGAGUCAGAGAUGACGGCGCACGUCGACACCCACCUGCACCGCGACGCACACGCACGGGCGCAGAUCAGAUGCCCUCCCACCCCUCCUGUUGUUGCCGUGGAGACGCCCCCGGAGACGAGCGCCCAUCGCUGCAGGAUCUGCCAGAGGUCGUUUCCAGGGCAACAGGAGCUGCUGGUUCACUUCCAGGGUCAUCGCCAGGGCAACCAGUACCGGUGCGACCGCUGCGGUCACCUGACGCGCACCGCCAACAAGCUGGUGGAGCACGUGCGCGUGCACACGGGCGAGCGGCCCUUCACGUGCACGCUCUGCCCCUACAGCGCCAAGAGGAGGGACAGUCUGCGGCUGCACUGCAAGGUCAAACACCCCACCGCCGUCCACGCCAUCGCCGCCCACGUGCACGCCAACGGACACGCGCACAGAGACGGUCAGCGCGCGCACGCCCAGCGUCUGCACGCCGCUCUGUCUCCGCCCCCCCGCAGCCCCCUCCCCCCUCUGUGGGACCAGCCUCUGUGGAGAGAGCUGUCCCCUCUGCUGCCAAUCACAGUCCUGCUCAACAUCACGCCCCGCCCCCUCAACCACGCCCACCAAUCAGAGCCCUACGCCCCCCGCCGCGCCCACCAAUCAGAACCCCGCCCCUCCGACCACACAGACCAAUCAGAGCCCCGCCCCUCAGACGUGCCAGCCCCCUCAGAGCCCCGCCCCUCAGACGUGCCAGCCCCCUCAGAGCCCCGCCCCUCAGACGUGCCAGCCCCCUCAGAGCCCCGCCCCUCCGCGUCUUCCUGUAAGCGCUCGUACAUGCGUUACCUCGGACUGGGCUGUCUCUGA